CUUAUGCUGCGUCUUGGAGGGAAAACGCGUUCUCCUUUCCUAUUUGCAGAAGCCCAAAUACAAGUGGUGCCAAGACUAGGUCUAAGCCCGUCGAGAAACCUAAACCUAAACUGUCAUCUCCGUCUAAAAUAAAGCCAGUUCUCGACAGACUAUCCGAGCUGGGGAAAAUGGUCAAGAAAAAUCCGUUCCUUAGCAUGCCACAAGUCGCUGAGCGCACCCAGCCAUCUCCCGACCGUUGUCUCAUAAUCAUGAACUCAGCUGAAUCGGGAAUAGCAACCCUCGCGGAAAGAAUACUGAUGACCACACACUGCUUGAGCGGUCGAUCUCGUUGCUAUUUGAUGAAGGCGAACAAAGGAUCAAUAUUGUACCUGCCUUCCGUCUUGGUAAAAAACAAGAAGAUACCUCCAUGACUCGCCCCCUUAAAAUCGUUUGCGAAGGACCUCGCGUCUCAAAGAUGAAAUAUGUGCCUGUGGAUUUUGAUAUUGAUGACUUUUUGUCACGCAUCCAGGGCAAUAAACCACCGUUCAUUUGCCCGGCUGAAACCUGCCACAAGAUUCACAAAUCAUACUCUCAUAUGCAGAAGCACAUGCUGAUACACCGACCUCCGGCACCCAUCGACAUACCAGCGAAGCCUGCUGAUCUUGUGAGAGCUACUGAAGUGCGUGGGUUUCCGACACAGUUGAUGCAGUGCUUCGAAGAGGAUCUAGCACAGGCUCAUUUAAACAAGACAACCACAUCUAUGCUUAACUCGGACCCUCGAUGGUCAGUCGUAUUUGGACCAUCAUCAGUGACUGAAGGGCAAACUUAUCGUUGCAACAUUUUUGUAUCACUUACUUUUCGUGUUGAGGAUCGAUCCAUUGUUAACUCACACACAGUUUGUUCCACCACCGCUUACCCUUUGAGACUGACGGACACUCCAACUCGAUCUAUUGGUCGCAUACAAAACAAAAUGCGGACUGGUGUUACUAGGGCUUCUGAUGACCGAGACCAAUCAUUUGUUUCGGAAAAUUUAGUUACUCGAGUCAACGAACCUACGGCUACCAAUCAGAGCUGUCCUGAAGGAACUAUUGAAACUAAGCCUAAUCCGCCAGUGCCUGUAUUUGAAGUUGAUCCAGAUUUUUCCUUCAAAAAGCCUUUGCCUGUAAAAGAAAGUCACGGAUUUAUUCGCUUUAUCGAAAAGUCCUCAGAUGAACUGGAUGAGGUGGUUGAAUAUGACUUGGAUGAAGAGGAUCUUUUCUGGUUAGAUCGUAUCAACAAAAGAAGAAAGCAGGAGUCCUUACCUCCUGUUCGCGAAGAAACUUUGGAAUGGGUCAUAGACCGCUUUGAAAAAGAGGCGAAAUUUCGGCUCAUCUCUUCCUCCAACCAUUCCACUCAGGAUCCAUACUCUGCACCUAGUACAGGUCAUUCCGGAAUUGACGAAGACGCUGUUUGCGCUGUUUGCCAGGAUGGAACUUGUGAGAACACCAAUGUGAUUCUUUUUUGUGACGUCUGUAAUCUAGCGGUACAUCAGGAAUGCUACGGUGUGCCUUAUGUCCCCGAAGGCCCUUGGCUCUGUCGUAAGUGUUUACAUUCCCCCAGCGAGCCAGUUUCUUGCGUUCUUUGUCCUAACCGUGGUGGAGCCUUCAAGAAGACUGCCGACGAUCGUUGGGCUCAUGUUAUUUGCGGUCUCUGGGUUCCUGAAGUAAUGUUCGCCAAUUUGACAUUUUUGGAACCCUUGGAAGGGAUUGAUGACAUUGCUCCCGCCAGAUGGCGACUUCAGUGUUUCAUCUGCAAGCAGCGUAACGUUGGUGCAUGCAUCCAGUGUCACAAAUCCAGUUGUUAUCGUGCUUUUCACGUGACAUGCGCUCAACACGCUGGUCUGUACAUGAAGAUAGAGCAUACGGAUGACCCGGGUGAUGCAGGAAUACGAAAGAACGCGUUCUGCGACCAGCAUUGUCCUCCCAAUCAUUUUACGGGCUCCAACACGGGCAUGUACGCAAACUCCGAUUCAGAGAGCCCUCAGUCAGCGGAACAAGUUGCCCGCAUACAACUGAGGAAAGCCCGAAAGGUGCUGGCCGAACGCCGUAAUUCCAAGCCCUCUAUCUGCGUUCCCAUAGUGCCUCAAGCGAAGACUGAGAUGAUGGCGGCUAAACUGACCGAUGUAUCCGGUGAUGUGAUGAACUUCCUUCGCCAAGCUUAUUCAUUUUGGAAGCUUAAGCGCGAACUUCGGCGGGGAGUUCCUUUGUUGAAGCGUCUCCAGGCCAGCUCUGUGCAUCGAAGCGCAGCAAGCUUUGCUGCCGCAGCUUCCAGUGGCGAUGCAGAGGCACAACGAAUGCGCUCCAAACUUCAAUUUUGGCAAAGGUUACGGCAAAAUUUAGAGAAGGCUCGUCUUCUCUCGGAGCUAACAAGAAAGCGGGAACGUGUGAAGCGAGAAAUCUUUCGGACGUUAGAGCUGGAAAUGGGACUUCAAUUAAACUUGCUGGAUACGUUUCUGCUGCGCCUGUUGGACCAGCUCCUGGCGUUAGACAAGCAUCAGUUUUUCGCCGAACCUGUCGGUUCUGAUCUGGCUCCCGACUAUUACCUGAUUAUCAAGAAUCCUAUGGACUUUUCGACAAUGCGGAAGAAAAUUGAGGACGCGCAGUACUCCACCAUUUCCGAAUUCCAGUCUGAUUAUCAUCUAAUGCUCAAUAACUGUUUCCGUUACAACCGACGCGAUAGUAUCUACUACACGGCCGCUACUCGAAUGCUGGAACAGGGCAAACAAAUAUUUGAGGAUGCAUUUUCCAUCGCCGAACGGAUUGGACUUUCAAAACGCACUGGUCUGACUCCUUCCGUCACACCACUCGCAAAGGAGGAGCCACCAAGCGAAGAUCCCUCCAAGCUGAAGGAGAAUGGCGUAUACAUCUCCGUGUCCUCCGAUCACACUGUCACAAAUGAAGGUUCCCGUGUUGUUCGUCCACAUGAGCAACGGACGGUCUCUUCAAAGUCACAUAGUCCUCCGAAAGAGUUUUCCAAUGGCUUGCCUGAUAUUUCCGUCUCAUCUAGUACUCGAAGUAGACUUCGCAACUCCGCUUUCGCUUCGGCGAAUCAUGUGAAGAUGGAUGGACCUAAGCUUAAUGGCUACCUGAAUCCUAUUGAACUCCCAGUCAGGCGACGCCGAAAACGACGACCUUCCCCUGACUCGAUGUUGUGCACAACCACAACCGACGGCCGCAAGAAAAUGAGACAAGAUCGAAUUAACUUCACUCCCACCUCACGUGGCGACGACAACCUUUGUUGGCACUCCGAAUCUCCAGUCACUACCGGAUUGUUCAGCUCAAAUAUCCCAUCACACCCUGCAGCUAACCUUAUGAUGAAAACGCUCCAGUGGUCAAAUGUCGACUCUUUCGCGGAAGCAGCCAAUCCGUUGCUUCGACACAUGGACAGCAGACACGGGAAGAAUGACGCGACCGACAUGAAUGGUGUGACCAGAAAUGGACCCGCCUUUACACACUAUCGUCACUCUCCCGUGGUACGUUAUGAAGAGGAGGAGGAAGAGGAGGAUAGCAGCGACGAGGAGAGUAGUGACGAUGGCAACAACCAGAUCGGUACGGCGAAUGGCACUCGACAGAAUGCUGAUAUCAAACGUGCCCAUCUUCGCACCCGAUCGGAGACAAGCCCAUUGGUAUCAACCACUGUGGUGGUCGGGAACAGCCGAAUGGCAUGCGUCUCCUCACGUAGGCGUCCGCAAGGUUCCAGUGGACGUGCUGUCAAAAAUCUAUGUACCAAGUCAGUAAUCGCUGCUCGCAAGGCUAGCAAUGCUCGCCGAAAUAGACACAGUCGAGCUGACCGGAAACGGCCUCCAUUAUCCAGCCCAAUAUCAAAGCCCAGCGACCCGUCUCGAUCACACACCACUACUUGGACUGACGCGGCAAGUCGCACGCCAAUCAGUGAACCCACCAAUGACACCCUGACAGUGCGAGUACCUCAUGUGGAAGAGGUCCCAAAAUCACCGCAGCUCCGUGAGGCUGCCAGCUCUUCCUUAACCAAUGACCUAAGUGAUGGAUGCUCCCAUGUUGAAUCCCCUGGCCCCCUGUCCACAAGCACUAGUAUAGAACCUCAAGAAUUCUUCCAUCAAUCCUCAGACGCACAUUCCGCACCAGGCAGCCCAUGCUCCCGAAUGCGUUUUGCCGGAUCCGGGUCAUUCGAUGCAGUGAUGGAACGCCCGCUUAAUCCACUGGAUGUUGUGUGGGCAAAAUGCCGUGGAUCCCCUUGGUAUCCUGGUCUGAUAGUGGACGCAGCGGCAACUGAAGGAUACUCCCACAACGGCGUCCCAGUCCCGCUGCCGCCGGACUCUGUGCUCAAGUGGGGUAAACAGAUCAUCUCUGAUGGUAACACAAGUGACCAGCACAGGCCAGAGGUGUUGGUGCUGUUUUUCGACACGAAGCGCACGUGGCAGUGGUUACCCAGGUACAAGCUGCACAUUCUUGGCUUCUCAGCUGAUGUGGACCGAGAACGAUUGCGGGAAGGUCGUCGAAGUAAAAUGAAAAAUUCCGUUACCAAAGCUUAUCGUCGUGCUGUAGAACAUCUGUGUAAAGUUCAUGGUCGACCGUAUCCCUAUUCGGACAACAGCAAAUUCGGCGAAUUGCCUAUUUUCACCAUCUGAGAAUCUCUUCCACCAGCCAUUUGUACAUUUAUCUGCUCAAUAGACACAUCCCUCUUUAAGAAA